CGGACGCAGCGCGUCCUCGCCACGGUGUCGCUGAAGACAUACCGGUUAGUAACUCGAGCUGCAGGCUAUGCGUAAGUGGCUGCUCCAUCAGGGUCUUGUCAGGGGAUGCACAGGUUCUCGUUGCAUGUGGCACCGGAGUUUGCAUCGUUGUGUUCUAUUUUUCACGGCUCGCACUCACACCAUUAAGACUUAUGCUGAGCACAUGUAUGCUGAUGACGCGUAAGCUCCUGAUGACGCGAACACUCUUGGACCACCUUGGGGGGUCAUAAUGGCCUCGUAGAUGUAUAAAAGUUAGCCUGACUGUCCAGCAGAAAUCAUCAUCGGCUUCAGUCGGCCUCGAGCACCUCAGCUUACAAAAAGUCCAAACCUCACUGUUCAUUCACAAUGCGUUUCUUCAGCACUGUUUCUCUUGUCUUCACCGCGGCGCUCGCUGCAUUCUCCGUCGCCGCUCCGGCGGCUGAGGAGGCCAAGGUUGUCGCCCGUCAGUCGACCACGUCGAUUGCGAGCAUCUUUAGCACCGCCUUCACCGAGAUCGCGCCGCUCGCCGAGUCGCUCGUGUACCUUAACUCCGACAACGCGACACAGGCGGUCAUCACGCCCAUCAUCUCGCAGAUCUCCGCGCCGCUCAACACGGCGCUCACCUCGGUCACCGCACUCCAGGGCCAGGGUCUUACCCAGGACCAGCUCCUGCUCUCCGAAGAUGGAACGGAGGUCCUCUCUGUCGCCGCUCUCGCCCAGCUCAUCGCCUUUGAUCUCAUUCUGCUCUUCAAGGGCCUCGGUGCUAUCCUGUCCAUCGUCGGUGCUGACCUGGCCGCCAUCCUGAUCCCGCUCUUGUACGCCGUUGGUAUCCUGGUCUACAAGAUCCUCGUUAUUGUCCUAGCUCUCGUUGUCGGUCUGCUCAUCGCCCUCACUCCUCUGCUCGGCAGCAUCGUCGGCGUCCUCAACGCGUUGGGCCUGACCGUCCUGCUCGUCCUCUUGGCCCUCUAA